AGACUUCUUUGUGACCCAGACACCUGCCUUCCUCCACCUCAGCCUAGGGAGUGAUCUCAUAAUUACAGGCAGACUGGGGACCAGCCCAACCAGGUAAAUGAUCUUGAACCCACUGCUUCCUACCAUUACCAUUCUUUCAGGUCUAGCUUGAGUUAGAGGGCCUGCAAACAAACUCAACCUGGGAGAAAAUCGUAUUGUUGUCCUCCUGUGUCAUCCCCACAAUCAGUGGUUGACCUGCAGUCAGGCUGCCUGCUCCCAAGCCUACUUUGCCCUACCCUGGACCACACAGCCUGAAGAGACAAAGCAAGUGAGUGAUCAAGAUUUCCCCAUCAACUAGCCAUCUGAGAUCUUUGGUGAAGUAGAUCACUGACCAGCACAUCCUGCCACCAUGAGAGGCGAGAUCAGUGCUGCCGCUACAUUCAUCUCGAAGUUCCUCAGCACCAAGGGCCUCAGGAGCGAACAACAGCUGCAGACCUUCAGCCAGAGCCUGCAGGAGCUACUGGAAGAGCAUUACAAACAUCACUGGUUUCCAGAGAAGCCCUGCAAGGGAUCGGGCUAUAGGUGCCUUCGCAUCAAUCAUAAGAUGGAUCCUCUGAUUGGACAGGCAGCCCAGCAGAUUGGAUUGAGCAGUCAGGAGCUGUUCAGGCUUCUCCCAUGUGAGCUUACACUCUGGGUGGAUCCCUAUGAAGUGUCCUACAGAAUUGGGGAGGAUGGCUCCAUCUGUGUGCUGUAUGAAGCCUUUCCAGCGGGAGGUACUUCUCAAAGUGGCACCAAAGAGCAAAUGGGAGAUAGCAGAGUCAGCUGCAAGGAGAAGACUCUAUUGGGCAGAGCAAGCCCUUCUCAAAACUACAAUAUGAUGACUGUGUUGGGUUAAGACACAGUCUAUGGAUGGGUCACCUUAUAUGGAGAAAUUUGAUUUUUGCUUGGGGUGGGAUCCUCUUGGGGAUGGAUUAUGGAAUUUAAACCAUGUCACAGCUGUGAAGACCUGGCAUAAGA